GAUAUUGAGUGGGAGGUCAUUCCAGAGCAGGGGAGCAACAUCCACGCGCCCGACAACAUGUAUUUAACAGAGGACCUCACUUUUCCUCUCAGCCAGCAGGGUAAACGGAUAGAAAACGGCAUGGAUGGAAAAAGAGGUGGAGGCGCCUAGGUCACAUGGCGAUUAUCUAUUUAAAGGCGCGAUCCUUCUGAGUGUGGCCCCGGGACUGCUCUAGCGACCGGCGCCGCAGCCAGCCAGACGUGCAGACCUGCUGUACGUGGAACAGCGAAAUAAGAACCGGUCUGUCCCGAUAACAAAUCUGUGAUCCAGAAACAGCAGGCAUGGGUGUGAAGGUGCUGCACUGUUUCCCCUGGCAACGGCGGUGUAGAGAUCGCGGGAAGAAGAGACAUCGCCCCCUUCAGGCGGUGCCCCCCGGGGAACCCCACACCUUCCUGCCCCCAAUGAUGCCCUGGGGCUCUCCAGGUGUGGGUGGGGCCAGUCACACCUCCACACAUCAGGUGUACCUAUCCCAGAAGGCCUGCGUUGCCCUGCGACACCAGAUGGACUGUAACGUCAUCGACGCCACCGACUGACUGCCCCCCCCCCCCCCCCUCGAAGAACAACAAACAGCCCCCCCCCCAUCUGACAGACCAAAGGAAUGAUCCUCCAGGGACACAGACGCAGUGCUUCAUAAUGAGCAGUUCAGAACAGGGAGUGUAUGUGUGUAUGUGCACGUGUUUGUGUGUGUGUGUGUGUGUGUGCAUGUAUGUGGGUGCAUGUGUGUGUGUGUGCGUACAUGUAUGUGUGUAUGUGCGCGUGUUUGUGUGUGUGUAUGUGUGUGUGUACAUGUAUGUGGGUGUGUGUUUGUAUCUGUGUGUGUGUGUGUGCAUGUAUGUGGGUGUGUGUGCGUGAGUGUGUGUGUGCAUGUAUGUGGUUGUGUGUGUGUGGGUGUGUGUGUGAGUACGUGCAUGCGUCUGUGAACAUGGAAAUGAAAAAUGUAUACAAUAUUAAUGUAAUUAUGAAUUUGAAUGUUAUUAAUAUGAAUGUAACUAUUAAUAUGAGUGAAGAAUAAUAGGAUUAUUGAUAUAAAUAUGAAUGUCAGUGUGAUUAUGAAUGUCAGUGUGAUUAUGAAUGUGAUAUGAAUCAAUAACAAUGUGAUUGUUGAUAUGAAUGUGAUUAUGAAUCUCAAUGUUGACAGUAUAACUGUUAAGUGCAUUUUGUUCUCUUUUCACAAAGUCCAUGUCUUUUUUUAUCAAAGCACUUUUUAUCAUAUGUGUCUGUGUGUUUCUGUGAGCAUAAAACUGAUGCUGAUUCUGUGUAGUAUUUUACAUAAUAAAUGUUAUAAAUAUUACCAAAUUA